UCAGAGAUAGGCGGCUCGAGCUUUGCUCGCUGCGCAUGUGCGUUGCCAGGGGUAGCGCAGGUAGCCAAAGUACCCGCAGAGUGGAGCCUGUUGCUGAGGCGAGGAGGAGGGGCCGGAGGCGAGAGCGAAGCCGCGAUGAGAGCCGUGUUGACUUGGAGAGAUAAAGUUGAGCAGUGUAUAUACGACCUUGCAUUUAAGCCCGAUGGAACUCAACUGAUUUUGGCUGCAGGAAACAGAUUACUGGUUUAUGACACAUCUGAUGGCACCUUACUUCUGCCCCUCAAGGGACACAAAGACACUGUGUACUGUGUAGCAUAUGCGAAGGAUGGUCAGCGCUUUGCUUCUGGAUCAGCUGACAAAAGUGUUAUUAUCUGGACAUCAAAACUGGAAGGCAUUCUGAAGUACACGUCUUGCUCUGAACUCUUGAAUUCUGGUCUGUCUCCAGUGCCGCUGAAGAGUAUCUCUGUGAGCUUGUCCAUUAAUGAGUUUGUGGCUGGUGUGUCUGCAACCCUCAACUAUGAGAAUGAGCAGGAAGUUCCUUUGGAGGCUGCCUUUAUAUUCCCCAUGGAUGAAGACUCUGCUGUCUACAGCUUUGAAGCCUUGGUGGAUGGGAAGACAAUUGUAGCAGAAUUACAGGACAAGAUCAAGGCCCACACAAUCUAUGAAAAUGCCAUCUCCCAGGGGCACCAGGCCUUCUUAUUGGAGGAGGACGUGAGCUCCAAGGAUGUCUUCUCUUGCAAUGUGGGGAACCUCCAACCUGGGGUGAAGGUGGCACUCACCCUGAGGUACGUGCAGGAGCUGUCCCUGGAAGCAGAUGGUGCCCUGCGCUUCGUUCUGCCAACUGUCCUGAAUCCCAGAUACCAGCUCCCUGGAUGUUCUCAGGACAGUUGCCUUAAUAGGAAGACUCCUAUAGUCCCUUUGGAGGACCUGCCCUACACACUCAGUAUGGUCGCCACCAUCACUUCCCAGCAUGGCAUUGAGAAAGUCCAAUCCAACUGCCCCUUGAGUCCUACUGAGUACCUUGGCGAUGAUAAGACUUCUGCUCAGGUUUCCCUGGCUGACGGACACAAGUAUGAUCGGGACGUGGAACUCCUGAUUUACUACAGUGAGGUGCAUACCCCCAGUGUAGCAGUGGAGAUGGGGAUGCCUGAAAUGAAGCCAGGGUGUUUGUUGGCAGAUCCAUUUGCAAUGGUGAGUUUCUAUCCAAAUAUCCCAGAAGCCCAGCCACCAAAUACCUGUGGAGAAUUUAUCUUCCUCAUGGACCGCUCAGGAAGUAUGGAGAGCUUCUUGAGUACCCAGAGUAAAUCUCAGCCACGUAUAGAGGCCGCCAAGGAAACGCUGAUUUUGCUGCUGAAGAGUUUACCUGUAGGCUGUUAUUUCAACAUCUAUGGAUUUGGCUCUACCUAUGAGGCAUUCUUUCCGGAAAGUGUGGAGUACACUCAGCAAACAAUGGAGGAGGCACUGGGGAGAGUGAAGCAUAUUCGGGCAGACCUAGGGGGCACUGAAAUCUUGGCACCACUCCAGAACAUUUACAGGGCACCCUCCAUCCCAGGCCACCCCCUACAGCUUUUUAUCUUCACAGAUGGAGAAGUUAGUGACACAUUCACUGUAAUUAAAGAAGUUGAAAUCAACAGGCAGAAACACAGGUAGGAAGACAAUGUGAUUUCCGGGUGACUGGAUCCACGUAGUGCCACAUGUCAUCUAGUGUUACAUGAUACCAGUGUUGAUAUUCCUUGCAGAGGACAGAAUGGUUCCAGAAUUUUAGUUUUAUCAGCUGACAACUUAUUACUCUCUACUAAAAUUAAAAGUAAUUUUCCAAAUAACAUCAACACAGGAAAAUCAUUGUCCCUUAUUCUUUCUAAACCACAAUGGAACAAGAAUGGAAUAGUAAGAUGUUAAUAUUUUUUCUUACUAGAAACAGUUGUAUCAGAGUAAUACAUAGGAUACCAUACAGAUCAUCUGUAUACAGCUAGAUGAAUUACCACAGUGAAUGCACUUGUGUAAUCACCACACAGAUCCAAAACUAGAAGGCAACGAAGACCUCUCCACAUCUAGCCUUUUACAUCAUGCCCUGUUACUGUCACUACAGACACAGAGCUCUCCUUUCCUGUAACACCAUAGCUGUUUGUGCUUGUUUUUGAAUGAAAAUAAGUGAGUUAUCCAGUA